AUGAUGGAUAUAGAAUUAUUUAAAAAGAUAGUAAUAUCAAAUCAUUAUUUAAAAGAUAAGAUAUUUCAACAUGUUUAUAGUAUCAAUCGUUUAACAAUCAAUAGUGUCAUUCAUAGUGUUGAUUCAAUGAUUAGUAUUAGAAGAAAGAUUAGAUUGGUUAGAUGGAAUGAUAUAAUUGGUGAACCUAUCCUUAUGGUUAGAUUUGGUAGUUUAAAAGAAUUGGUUGGGUAUUUAAAAGGACAAGAAGAAAAGUAUAGUCAUUUUAAAUGGACAGACCGUCAACAAGGUACAGACACAUACUUUGUACCAAAUCUAUCUAUUUAUAUAGAUUUGGCAGUAGAGUAUCAAAGAAUGGAUAUAGUUGAUUAUUUGUAUAAAAGAUACUCUACAUUUCAACCAGAGACUUUAUUAUAUAUCAUCAGAUCAUCAAUCAAACAUAAUAGAUUCAAUAUAUUCCAAUUGUUUGAAUCAAUAGAUCCAACUUAUGCAAUUGAUUUGGUUGGUUCAGAAGCAACUCAUUUAAUUGGACAACAAUUUGUCGAAUAUCUAUUGGAUAAACAAAAGACAAAGGUGGAAGAUGACCAUUGUCAAUUACCAAUUAAACAAUGGUCAAUUGGUACAUUUACAGUAGAUUUUAUUCGGUUACUAUGUCAAAGUGGAUACACUGAUUUAUUGUUGGCAGACUCUAUUUUAUUGGAAAAGGCUGCAAGCAAAGGAAACAUAGAGUUAUUAAGAUACCUUUAUGAAACCUAUCCAGACAGAGUCACAUGCACAGAAUCUGCGAUGGAAACGGCUGUUACUGGUGGAAGUUUAGAAACAGUUAUAUACCUUCAUUCAAAAGGAAGAGGAGGAGAGUUUAUAGAACAUCUAUUGUACAUUGCAAUAUUAAACCAUCAUUUGGAUGUUGCCGAGUACAUUCUAGACAACUUGCCAUCAAGACAAAGAGGACAACGUGUAAUAUCUGGUAAUACUUGGUACGGAGGAUGCAAUACUUUUCAUUGGUUAGUGUCACAUGAAUUGAUUUCUUAUCCAGUGUCAAAUGACUAUAUCUUGUUGGCAGCGAGAAAUGGAGAUGUUGGAGCACUCAAAGAAAUACUGGGCUCUGGACAGACCAUUUCAACAGAUAUUAUCGCUGAUAUCAUUGCAGAAAUGAUACCCUCUUCUAGUGGAGAUUAUUAUAACCAAGAUGGAUGUCUUUACGAAGCUUUCUACUUUGCAGUGUCGGAGCUCGAUUUUAACAAAACCGAUACAUCCUAUUACGAGAGAGCACUUUACAAGGCUAUUUUUAGUAAUCACAUGGAGAUUGUAAAGUGGAUUGUUGAAAGUGGUCUAGAUAAUCCCACCAUUUCCUAUCUUUCUUUGGCUGUCCAAUCAAAUGAUUUGGAAAUGGUCAAAUAUAUCUAUACUCGAGACAAAGGGUUAAAUUUACUUGGUCACUCUUCACCUCUAAGUUUUAUCAAAUAUUCAAGAGGAUACCCAAAAACUAAACAAAUUAUCCAAUAUCUUGUUGGUCAAUUCAAGAUUGAUAUACAAGAGGUGGAUCCAAACGAUUAUCUAGAUAUAACUUUUAGAGACGUGUUUUAUGCGAUAGACAGUGACAACAAUGUGUACGAUCAAACACAAGCCCUAGACAAAUUCAUAAAAUUGGAAGAGUCAAAACAUCUCGAAGAAGAAUAUAAUAUUUAUUAUAUCAUCCCUCAGGUAAUGGAAUUUUAUCGGGUCGAUAUAAUGAGAUACAUUUAUUAUAAUAUGCAAUUCGAUCAUAGUGACCCAAGUUUUAAUCCAAAUAUAAAACAAGAUGUGGCUCUUGAAAUUAAUAAAAUGUUUAAUCGUACUAUUUUCUAA